AUGACAGAUUAUUUUCAAGAAAUGGGGUGGAGAGAAUUAGAAGACGGUGAACAGCCUAAUCAUUUACUGCAUAUGGCCAGAUUUUUAAUAGAUUUUGGAAUGUAUGAUGACAACUUCACGGGAGAAUGGCCGAGGUUGCCACCUCCAGCUUCAAAAGAAUCAGUGAAAAAUUUAAAAGAAGUCAAAAUAGAGGAUGAAAAUCAGAAUUGUCCAAUAUGUUUAAAGAAAUUCAAUAUCAAUGAUACUGCAAAAGUAAUGCCAUGUCAACAUUUGUUUCAUGAGAAAUGUAUUUUAACAUGGUUAAAUCAGACGAAUUCAUGUCCAUUUUGUCGUCAUGAACUUCCUACGGACGAUGAAGCCUAUGAAGCAUUCAAGAAAGAAAAGAAAAGAUCGGAACAGAGAAAAGAAGAUAUAGAAGCUUUACAUAAUUCUAUGUUUAGUUAA